AUAUAUACUACAGACCGAAACCCUUCGCCUCCGACGUGACGACGCCUCAACACCUUAUUCUCUGAAUCCAACCAACAUAUCUACACACAGCAACCUCCGGGCAGCGCCCUACAUCUCCAAAAAUGGCUGGAGUCUGGCUUUCCUACAUGAAGUCCCAACUCUGCUUCACCCCUCCGUACCCGACGCAAUCCUUCACGGGCCAGACCAUCAUCGUGACCGGCUCCAACACGGGCAUGGGCCUCGAGGCCGCGCGCCACUUUGCCCGGCUCGGCGCGGCCCGCCUGAUCCUCGCGGUGCGGUCCCAGGCCAAGGGCGACGCCGCGAAGAAGUCCAUCGAGGAGACCACUUCCUGCGGCCCGGGUGUCGUGCAGGUCUGGCUGGUCGACCAGGCGAGCUAUGCCUCGGUCGCGGCGUUUGGCGAACGCGUGAACAAAGAGCUGGACCGGCUGGACGUGGUCGUGGGCAACGCGGGCAUCUUGCCGUACGACACCUCGAGGGCCGAGGAGGACGAGGCUACCAUCACGGUCAACGUGGUGAACAGUCUGCACCACGGGAUCCUGAUGCUGCCGAAGCUCCGAGAGACGGCGGUCAGGCUGGGGAAGCCCGGUGUGCUGACGUUCACGGGAAGCUGGAUGCAUGGACUAUGCCAUGCUAACCCCCAUUUGGCGGCGCCAUUUUUCCAUAUACACAGAUACCCACUCUCCAAAGUCGUCCAGAUGCUCGCGAUCCGCGCCCUCGCCGAGGCCGUCACCGCAUCCAAGAAGCCCGGCGAGGUCACCGUCUCUGUGCUCAACCCGGGCGGCGUCCGGACCGACAUCACGCGCGACGCGACCGGGUUUGACCGCUUCGUGGUCGUGUCCUCGUGGUAUAUGCUGUGGACGGCCGAGGUGGGCGGGCGCACGCUGGUGCAUGCUGCCGCGUCGAGCGGCAAGGAGGCACACGGGCAGUAUCUGAGCAACUGUGCUGUCGCUGCCCCAAAUAAGUACGUCACGUCUACGAACGGGAUUGCCGCGCAGAGGCGCAUCUGGAAGGACCUGGUGGCGAAGCUGGAGAGGCUUAAUCCGGCCGUCGCGAAUGCUAUCUGAGAGAUUGCUUGCAGGAUUUUGGUACACAUGUUAUAUC